AGGAAGAAAAAUGGGCCGUGGCCAGUCCUGGCGAUGGCCUUGGGCGCCCUUUGUCUUCGCAUGCCUCAGUCGCGUCUCCCUGAGUCUUUGGCUCAUUUUCCUGUUCGAGAGCAAGGUGAUUGGCGUGGCUCCCAACAUCUUGCGCUCAUGCUGCUUCUAUGCUGUCGCCCUUGUGAUGCUAAUUUGGGUGGCGCAACAGGUCUCUGGCAUUUUUACCGCCCAUCCAACACCUGACUUGCGCGUGCGCGUGGAGUCGGGCAGCUUUCAAGAUGCCAAGGUCUCCUGGCUCGCCGCGGACAUGCGCGGCUGGCGCGAGAACAUGGAGGACGCCUAUGUGGUGGAUGAGCUGCGCAAAGAUGUCUUCGGAGAUUCGCUGCUCUUCGCCGUGUUAGAUGGCCACGGUGGCCGAGAAGUUUCGGAUGUGGCUUCGAAGCUGUUAGUUCGAGAGAUCGAGGCAGAACGCCGCGGAGCGAGUGCCCGGAACUCCAACGGCAAGGCGGAGACCUCCGUGGAGUUGGCCGAGGUGCUUCGCCAGUCACUUCCUCGCUUGGAUGAGCGACUCCGACGUGGCUCCUGGGGCCUGGGUUGGCUCUUCCCCGGUCUCCUUCAUCCCUUCGCAACCUGCGGCUCCACCUGUGUGGUGGCCGCGCUGGACCUGCUGCGCCGGGAGGUGGUAGUGGCCAACGUGGGUGACUCUCGGGCUUUGUUGAUCAGAGACGGGAAGGCGAUCGCCUUGUCGGAGGACCACAAACCCGAGAACCCCAUAGAGAGAACUCGGAUUCGUGGAGCUGGUGGGCAGGUGAUCAAAAUUGGUCCUUGCCACCGAGUGGAUGGAAAUCUGAAUCUUUCACGAGCCCUGGGUGAUUUCAACUUGAAGGCGACGGCAGGUCUCCCUCCUGAGAAGCAGAAGGUGAUUGCUGUGCCGGAUGUGACCAAGACUCCCUUCCAGGGUGGGUCCUCAGAGAUUUUAGUCUUGGCCUGCGACGGGCUCUUUGAACGGAACUCCAAUCAGGACAUUGCGAACCUGAUUUGGCCAAAGGUCAAGAUGGGGAUGGCCUUGGAACAAAUUGCGACGGAGGUUCUUCACCAGUGCUGCGCAAGGUCACUUCGCGGGAGGCCCAUCGAAGAAGGUACCGAUAAUGAAACCAUCAUCUUGGUUCGACUGCCUGCAGCAGAUCCAAGCCAAGCUCCUGUCCGGAGCGCCCCAACUGUGGUGACGGGGCCCAACCACGGCUUCCUCUUGGCAGGGCAACGCGUGAAGGUCUGUGGCUUGGAGAGUGAGGCGGGGCAGAAAUUCAACGGCCUGGAAGGAACUGUGGAGGGCGAUGUUGGCGAGGGACGAUACAGUGUCCGAAUGCCAGGCAUCGGUUCCAAGUCCUUCAAACUUCAGAACCUCCUUCCGAUCGAGGAGAACCAUAGUCCUGCGUGAUGUGCAUAGGAAAACCUGUUGCAUGUCGGAUGCGUGGAUGGAAACUUUCCGGCAGCUGGUGAUCACGUCGGGGACCAGAAUCAUCCAGGUUUUCAGUGGCCCCCUUCGAAAUGGGAC